CCCUCACCCGUUCCUCAAAAAGUACGUCAGAGUGUGUCAGUUAUCGGGCACACAUCCUGUGCAGGGCCACGCGUUCUCGGAACCAACUUUCACUUCCUCUAGUUGCUGGGCCCAAGCCGACGCGCACGAGGAAGCCCAUUAUGUCGUCCAAGAGACAGAAGAACAUGGACGGAUCCAACACCACCAGUGCUGCUACGGACCUGACGUCUGACAUGGCUGACUACCGAAAACCCGACGCCAAAACUCUCCAAACUCUCAAAGAUGCCGCCAACCGGCUCCGUAUCGACAGCAUCAAGGCGACCACCGCCUCCAAGUCGGGCCAUCCUACGUCAUGCUGUAGUGCGGCAGACAUCAUCUCUGUCCUGUUCUACAACACCAUGAGGUACACCCUGGCUGAGCCCCGCCACCCAUCCAGCGAUCGCUUCGUGCUCUCCAAGGGCCAUGCCGCCCCAGUCCUGUACGCUGCCUGGGCCCAGGCCGGCCUGUUCCCCAGGGAGGAUCUGCUGAACCUGAGGAAGAUCGACAGUGACUUGGAGGGACAUCCCACUCCUAGACUGAACUUCAUCGAUGUAGGAACAGGUUCCCUGGGACAGGGCCUGAGUGUGGCCUGUGGGAUGGCUUACACCGGCAAGUACUGGGACAAGGCAAGCUACCGUGUGUACUGCAUGCUGGGUGAUGGAGAGUCUGCGGAGGGGUCUGUGUGGGAGGCCAUGGCCUGGGGCAGCCACUACAACCUGGACAACCUGGUUGCCAUAUUUGACGUGAACCGUCUGGGACAGAGUGAGCCCACCGCACUUCAACACGAGAUGGACGUCUACCGUAGGAGGGCUGAGGCCUUCGGAUGGAACACGUACGUGGUUGACGGCCAUGAUGUGGAGGCGCUGUGUAAGGUGCUGCACGAGGCGUCCUCCGUCAAGGGCAAACCCAGCUGUAUCAUCGCCAAGACCUACAAGGGCAAAGGCAUCCCUGAUGUGGAAGACCAGGAAAACUUCCACGGGAAGCCCAUGGGUGACCGUAGUGACGGUGCCAUCAAGGCCAUCCAAGGUCUCAUCGCUGGGGAGAACAGCGUGGGUCCCCAGCCCAUGACAGACGACGCACCCAAGGUCGACCUCACCAACAUCAAGAUGACCCAGCCUCCCACCUACAGCCUGGGGGAUAAGGUUGCCACCCGUGCUGCUUAUGGCACCGGUCUGGCAAAGCUUGGCCAGGCCUGUGAUCGUGUGGUGGCCUUUGACGCUGACGUCAAGAACUCCACCUUCUCUGAGAAGCUGAAGAAGGCCAAACCUGAGCAGUUUGUGGAGUGUUUCAUCGCCGAGCAGAACAUGGUGGGUGUCGGGAUCGGUGCCGCCACGCGGGAUCGUGCCGUCGUGUUCUGCAGCACCUUCGCGUGCUUCCUAUCCCGAGCGUACGACCAGAUCCGAAUGGCCGCCAUCUCGCAGAGCAACGUGAACCUGUCCGGUUCCCACGUUGGUGUGUCCAUCGGUGAAGAUGGUCCAUCCCAGAUGGCGCUGGAGGAUCUUGCAAUGUUCCGUGCCAUCCCCGGGGCCACCGUGUUCUAUCCUAGCGACGCCGUGUCGUGUGAGCGCGCCUGUGAACUGGCCGCCAACACCAAAGGUAUCUGUUACAUCCGUACCAGCCGCCCUGCCACGCCUGUCAUCUACAGCAGCGAUGAGGUGUUCGAGGCUGGCAAGGCUAAGGUUGUCCGUAAGAGUGACAGUGAUAAGGUGACCAUAGUGGCUGCUGCUGUGACCCUAGUGGAAGCCCAGAAAGCGGCUGAUGAGCUGGCUAAGGAUGGCAUCAAUGUCCGUAUUGUCGACCCGUUCACCAUCAAGCCGCUGGACGUGGACACUCUGCGGGCGAGCGCGGAGGCGACCGGUGGGAGGGUCCUGACUGUGGAGGACCACUACCCUGAGGGAGGUAUUGGUGAAGCCGUCAGCGCAGGUCUGUCAGAGUUCCCCAACAUCACUGUGAAGAAGCUUGCGGUGAGGGAGGUUCCUCGCAGUGGACCCCCUGCAGUGCUGCUGGAGAAGUUCGGCAUCUCGGCUAACUGCAUCAAGAAGGCGGUCCAAGAGAUGCUGUAAGGACCCCCUUAAGGAUGUGCACAUACAGCCAAGACGUUAUGGUGUGGUAUAUAUACUUUCUCACAACACUUCCUGAAGACAUUUGGAAUGUACAAAAAAUGUGUUACCCACAAUUCUCAUGUAACUGUAGAAUUCUAUACAAAAGACACCAGUAACAUCGGGUUUCCAUAAUUGCCAACAAGAAAGUAAACAUGGUAUCAACUCUUCUUCUAGGACAUGUUCUUAAUUCUGUCUAGCAUAGAUUUUUAACAGGUGGAGGUAUAAAACUAAAACAGCUUAGGGUCAGGCAGGGAAGGACUAUAUGAAGAUGUCAGAAAAAAAAUGUAACUGGGGUAAUGUCAUAAAAAUGAUGUCCACCUGUUGAGAGCCACAGAAGAAAAACUGACUCAAAACAAGAGCAUGUUACACCUACGUUUUACACCCAUUCAUACAGUCCUUUCUGUAAUGCCCUUCUUAAAUUUGGGUGGCCUAAAAAUAACCUCGUAUAUCUUUCUGUGAUGUCACCAUCACAAGUCAUGAGCGGAUUGAAAUGAAUAUGAAAGAAAGUCUGUGACUUUAUUGUCCUAAUGAGCAAGAUGUUAUGUCAACACUGUAAGAGAAUUUGUCAGUGACAGCUCAUAGAGCUAUAGUAGCAGAGAUAGAUAUCUGGAUAUGCGGUAGGAAGGAUACUAGAGGUAGAAGAGAGUUGGAUAUUUUGUAGGUACAUCUACCUGUUAUAGUGAUAAUGAUAUCUUCCAAUAAAUGAAUAUGCAGCU